AAAAAUAUAGUUAAAAAUAUUUUAAAAAUAAAAAAGAAACCCUCACCCUCACCCUCACAGAGAGGCAGGCAUGGAGCAUCAAGCUCUUUAAAACUACCCCCCCCUCUCUCUAUAUAUAUAUCCCCGUGAAAAUCACAGCACCAAUAAAAAGAAAGCCUGAAACCCUAGCUUUGCUCUUCUUUCUUCUUUUUUCAUUGCUCGUUAUUGAAGAAUAGAAUUUGUGCUGAUUUGAUGAGUCUAUGAAAUGUGCUUUUUGGAGAAUGAUUGAUUUCGAUUCAAUAAAACCCUAAAAAUAGUGAGGAUUUAAUUUUUUUAAUUAAAUAUAAAAUGAAGAAAUUUCGUCGGUGGCAGAGGAUUUUCUUACUCUCUUUGCUCUGUUUAACUGUCUUGGCUCCCAUACUUUUCGUUUCUGUAGGGCGGAAAGAGUUGAUUUCGGAUUUAUCAACUUUGAGAUACAGGAGAGAUUCUGUACAGCUUAAUGCCAUUGAGCAGGAAGAAGGUGAAGGUUUGAAAGGGCCGAAACUAGUGGUGUAUGAUGAGAAGGAACUGGGUUCUAGAAUUAGUUACAGUACUUCGGAAGAGAAUAAUGAUUCUAAGAAAUAUGGAAAUAUUGGAGAAAUAGAUCGAGGUUCAAAGAGAUCUCAAAGAGGUGGAAACACGUCAAUUCCUUUGGAAAGAACUAAUCAUGAAAGUAGAGAAGAAAAUCGGCAGAUUCCACAGGAAACAGUAACAUCCAGGUCAGAAGCAAAGCUGCAGGGGCAGUCCAAUCAAGCAACAGUUCGACAUGAUCAGAACAUGCGAUCUCCAGUCCGGAUAUUUACUGAUGAGAAGGUAAAGCAGAUGAAAGAUGAUCUGAUUAGAGCAAAGGCAUACUUGAGUAUGACACCACCAGGCAGUAACUCUCACUUAGUAAAAGAGUUGAGAUUGCGAAUCAAAGAAUCUGAACGAGCUGUUAGUGCAGCCAACAAGGACUCAGAUUUAUCAAGGAGUGCACUACAGAAAAAGAGAUCCUUGGAGGUUACCUUAUCAAAAGCCAGUCGUGUUUUCCCGGACUGCUCGGCCAUGGCUUUGAAGCUCCGUGCCAUGACUUACAAUGCUGAAGAACAGGUUCGAGCACAGAAGAAUCAAGCAACAUAUCUUGUUCAGCUUUCUGGAAGGACUACGCCAAAAGGCUUACACUGCCUUUCUAUGCGGUUGACAGCUGAAUAUUUUGCCUUGUCACCUGAGGAAAGACAGCUACCUAACCAACAAAGGGUGCAUGAUGCAGAUCUUUAUCACUAUGCUGUUUUCUCUGAUAAUGUUCUAGCCUGUGCUGUGGUUGUCAAUUCCACUGUCUCCUCUGCCAUGGAGCCAGAGAAAAUUGUUUUUCACAUAGUGACUGAUUCUCUCAAUCUCCCAACAAUCUCAAUGUGGUUCUUAUUGAAUCCUCCUGGCAAAGCUACAAUUCAGAUCCAGAGCUUAGUCGAUUUCAAAGGGUUGUCCGCUAAUUACAAUUCAACAUUGAAGCAACUAAAUUCCCGUGAUUCAAGAUAUACUUCUGCACUGAACCAUCUUCGUUUCUAUCUACCAGAUGUCUUCCCCCAGCUGAAUAAGAUUGUUCUGUUUGACCAUGAUGUGGUAGUGCAAAAGGAUCUAGCUGGCCUUUGGAGUCUUAAUAUGAAAGGAAAAGUCAUUGGAGCAGUGGACACGUGCCGUGAAGGUGAACCUUCAUUUCGCCGGAUGGAUAAGUUCAUCAAUUUCUCAGAUCCAUUUGUGAUUAAGAGGUUUGAUGCCAAGGCAUGCACAUGGGCAUUUGGAAUGAAUUUGUUUGAUCUGCAAGAGUGGAGGAGGCAUAAAUUAACUGCUCUCUACAAUAAAUACUUGCAACUGGGCCACACAAGGCAAUUGUGGAAAGCGGGUAGUUUGCCUUUAGGUUGGGCCACUUUCUACAACCGGACGGUUAUUCUGGACAGGAGAUGGCAUAAACUCGGACUUGGCCAUGAGGCGGGUGUUGGACACGACGGUGUUGAGCAGGCAGCGGUAUUACACUAUGAUGGAGUCAUGAAACCAUGGCUGGAUAUUGGUAUUGGAAAGUACAAGAGUUACUGGAGCAAACAUAUCAACUACGACCAUCCCUACUUACAACAGUGCAAUAUCCACGAGUAACUGAAAUCAGAUUAUACUAUUACCUCACGCAUCAUUGGUUGCUUCUUGUUCUAGGGACUUGACAUACAUGUUCACUUGAUUCUUUCACAAAUUUCUUUUGUAAAGUUCCAACACAUUUUGUCUUGAAUGCGGCAGUAAUCUUCUAGGAGCUGAGCCUAAGCGAUAAAAGCUGAAAUCAAAUAAGUCCCCGGGGGCAUGUUCGAAUGCUUCAAGAUGUUGUGUACAUAACUCAGAUAAUUCUCUUUAGAUGCAAACACCAGAACUGAAAGGAAUAUGGCAAUUUUCUUUGGUA